CACGAGCAUGAAGGCGAUCGGCGGGCAAACGCUACAUUACAGGCUUUGGAGAGUUUGCCGAAAUAUUUUAGUUUAGUUUGUGUUACAUUAUCUCGGUAUUACCAAGGGGCUCGCUACACUACCGAAAUACAAGUGGAUGAGCGACGAGUGACUACUACAAAGGUGGCCAUCCAACGAGAGCGGCUGAGAAGUAAGAGAAAGAAGGGCCUUCCGCGGCGGCUAGAGAGCUCCGGAGGAAAGUAGCUAGCGCCGCCUCACGACCGCCGCGCGAAGCGGGCAUCCGCAGUCAGGAAACCGCGGUGUCGAAAGUAGCCUUGAAAUAUGGUCUAAGGAAGACAGAAGAGUGAUCAGUUCAAAACAAUUAUUCAACCCCCUCCCUUUAUCAACUCUGGGAAAAGUCUAGGUCCUCCUCACACACCCAUCAGAAUGGCUGGGCAACAGGAUGAAGCAGAAGAUGUAUAUGUGGAGCACCAGUACAUGUGCAGUGAAUGCCACCAGCUCUUCAACACGUUAGAGGAUGUACUUGUUCACCAGCAGAUCCAUACUGGCCAAGAAGGAGAAGGAGAGGAAGCAGUGAAUGCUAUGAUGGUCCAAGACAUCCCAGAGGUGGGCCAAAACCAACAGUACCAGUGUCUUGAAUGUGGGACACUUCUAAUAAAUGCGGAUGAGCUUUUACAGCACCAAGAAAUGCAUAUGAGAGAAGUUGGAGCAGAAGUGAGACAAGACUUGUGUGAGGUGGAAGUGGAAGUAAAUCCAGAGUCUCAAGCUUCACAACCUGUCCAGUACCAGUGCCUGGACUGUCUGGCUCUCUUUAACUCACCAGAAACAUGGCUGGAGCAUAGACGCACUCACAGUCGAAGUGUCACUCAUACCAAUACUGACUCGACAGUAGAGUAUGUCCUUCAGCCCGACGGCACCAUCACUCCACUGAACAAUGUGCAGAAUCAUGUCCUGAGUGAGGAGCAGGCUAAGGAGAUUUUGGCUCAGGUGUUUGCUCAACAGCAGCAACAGAAGAAACGACAUACAGUCUCCAAACCUGUGCAACCUGCUCGCCCCUCACUGCUGCCCUCAGUGACACCAGCCCCUGGCUCUGCCACCAUGCACCUGCAGAUACUCACAGCACAGGCCUUAGCUGAUAGAUCCAGCUCUCCCGCUCGCUCUAAAUUUUAUUCUUCAGUGUCAGGGUCAAAAGUAGGCCGUGUUGAAAAUGGUGUUCAAAGAUUGGAGUUGAGGUUAGCUCCUAAUAUUCAGAAUGUUGGCCACCACCCGCAGUCAACUGAAAUGGUGCUUUUAAGCCACCCAUAUGAAUGCUCUGAGUGCUCCCUUCUCUUCAACACGCCCGAAGAUUUUCUCCAGCACCAGGGGGAACACUUUCUGGCCCAGGAUAAAGAGAGUGAGGAAACGGGGGUCAUGAGUAGCUUUGAUGAGGCAAGAGUGAGGGAAGAAUUGGCAGAGAAGGCAACAGAGAUUCGACUUAGUAUUAAAGAAAAUAAAUCCUCUGUCUGGUCUAACCCACAAAAGUGUGAUCUCUGCCAUCGAACCUUUGCCUCUGCGAGCAGAUUGGCUAUUCACAGACGAGUACAUGAACAGGGCACAUAUGAAUGCUCUGAGUGUGGUAAAAUGUUUAAAAGACCUAUGUCCCUGGAGAUACAUAUGCGCACUCACACAGGGGUGGCCAGGUUCCUGUGUGUGGACUGUGGGCAGGGCUUUGCUACGGAGUUAACACUAAUAACUCACAGAAAGUCACACACUGCCAAUCCUUUUUACAAAUGCACCUUCUGCGACAAAGUGUUUACCAGUAUGACCAAACAACUGUACCAUAGACGGAUACACCUAAAUCAUGAAGUCUCCGCACCAACAAAUACAUCUAUGAUUUCUGCUUCAAAAAGAGCAUCAGUAUCUGCUCUUGCAAUAUUACAGAAAGCACGUGAGAAGAAGAACUCUCUCUGGGCUCCUGUGGAACAGGAUCAAGUGGAAAACAUAAACUCUAGUGACCCAGAGAAUCCGCAAACAAAGGAAGAAGACAAUGAGGAGAGUCAGGUGAUAAAUAGCACGAAUGUAUCUGUAGUCGAUAAUGACAACAUCCAAAACACAGUUGUUAGUGCAGAGUCAGAACAAGCUGUGCGGCCCCCUCCGGAGGAAAACACUGCUCAGACAGAGUCCACUGACUCCCCUGCUGUGUCCACAGAUAACAGCAGUUUCUCUUGUCGUAGCUGCUCCAAGACUUUCUCCUCUCAAAAGCAGCUGGUCCAUCAUAGAAGGAAGGCCCACGCAGCAGAGUGCAGCUUUAUGUGUGGUAUCUGUGGAAAGUCUUUCAAGAAGCAGAUACAUGUGAAUAACCACAUCCGAACACACACUGGGGAGCGCCCAUAUCAGUGUUCUGAUUGUGGUAAAACCUUCACUUUACUUGCCAAUCUAAUCCGCCACAACCUCAUUCACUCUGGAGUUCGACCAUACCGCUGUGAGGUGUGCCAUCGCUCAUUUUCCCAGUCUUCAAACCUCCGCAACCAUAGUUUGCUUCACUCAAGUGCAGCAAUGCUAUCAUGCCCCGACUGCCCUGCUAAAUUUCGCUGGCCUGCAAAGCUUGCUGUGCAUCGUUUUACUCAACAUCCUGGUUCUCCAGCCCCCUUUUCCUGCCCUCGUUGUGAAGCAGGCUUUAUAACUAUGAGGCAACGUGAUGCUCAUUGUUUUGAGAAGCACUCCAUUUUGGUUGGCACAGUGACUGAGUCAGAAAAGAAGAACCACAAUGCACCAACAGAUACCACAUCACAGCCAUCAACAUCCUUCACAAAGGAAAUGCAGACAGCAGAAGCAGCCAUUACUGGGAGGAGCCUAGAUUGUAACAUCUGUGGGAAGAAGCUCAAUUCCGCUGCAAAUCUUCGUCUUCACAGGCUCAGUCACUUUGCGGUGGGCCCUGGACGGCCAGGGAAACGUCCUAAAGCUCACCAGUGUCCAGUUUGUGGUAAACAGUUUGUAUCAUCCUCUGGUGUAGCACUGCACCAGAGGGUCCACACUGGUGAGCGCCCGUUUCCAUGUCAAGUGUGUGGUAAACGUUUUCGUCAGAACACACACCUGCGUGAGCACCUACGCACACACUCAGGGGAGCGGCCCUUUACCUGUGAAGUGUGUCACAAAAGCUUCAUCCAAAGCAUGCACCUGGCUGAGCACCGCCGCACACACACUGGUGAGAGGCCGCACGUCUGCCCACUGUGUGGAAAAGCCUUCAAAACCUUCUCCAACCUUCGAAGUCACAAGAAGACCCAUGCCCGACAGCAGCAGUUGGAACAGGCUGCUACUCCUGCUGCCAUGGAGACUGAAUCGGCUGUAGCUGUGGUAGACAGUGCCACUGUGGAAGUGGCUAAUGGACAGCCUCAAGUCAUUCAGAUCCAAACAACAGAUAUUCAGCAGAUACAGGGUACCCCUACUAUCAUGUGUAAUGAGUUUGGGGAGACAAUAGCCAUCAUUGAGACCAGUGAGGGAGGUGCUUUGCCACUGGAGCAAGCCUUGGAGAUUUAUCAGGCAGCUCUGGAAAAUGGCCUCGGAUUGGACGGCUCCACUGUAGAAAGACUGCAGCUCCUAUAAGUUUUACAUAAAAAGCUGGGUUUGUCAUUGAGGCCAGUAAAGUUCCAAUGUGAAAGUAAGUAUUUGCCUUCACAGACCAAAGUCUUCAACAGAAAACAUUGCAGACUUGUCUUGCAUGACAUACUGUGUAAGGACCAUUAAUUGUGCCUAUUUUUGUAUAAUUUGUUUUACCAUUUUUAUAAGGUAGUAUUUUUGUUUGAAAUGUUAAACAUUGUCUUUGUUGUGAAUGUUAAAUAAAUUCAUAAUUCUUGA